UCUGGCGCUGGCUGCCGGGCGGAAGUACGUCAGUUGUUAUCUGCUUUGGUUCCCGUCGCUGCCGUCGCCGCCUCACGAUCCCAGGCGCCUCAACCCAGUCUGCGCCCAGACCGCCCACCCGGCCCGCCGCCCGCCUCCCGCCGCACAUGGGACGCGCUCCCGAGGAGGCGGCCUGGGGCCGCUGAGCGCUGGCCGCCCCGCCGAUGCGCGCGGCCGCCCGCGCCGGGGCUCCCAGGCCGCGCCGGGCCCGGGUUUGAGGGCUCCCCGCGCGGUAUGCCCGGCCCGGCCCGCCGCCCGCCGCCGCCCAGCGUCCGAGCCCGCGCGGCCCGCACUGAGCCCGGCGGCCACGCGUAGCGCAGCGGCAGCGGAAACCCGACGGCGCGGCCGCAAGGUCACCGCGCGCCAUGGAGGCCAAGGUCCGCCAGAGCCGGCGCUCGCGCGCGCAGCGGGACCGCGGCCGGCGCCGAGAAGCGGCCCGCGACGCCCGCGACCGGAGCGCCUCGUCGGGGGACGAGCCCGAGCCCGGGCCCGGCAAGGAGAACGCCGGCCUGCCCCGCGCGCCCCCGCCCCGUGCCCCUGCCGCCGCGCGUCCCCCGCGCCGCCGCCGCCGCGAGUCCAGCUCGCAGGAGGAGGAGGUCAUCGACGGCUUUGCCAUCGCCAGCUUCAGCACGCUGGAGGCCUUGGAGAAGGACAUGGCCCUGAAGCCGCACGAGCGGAGGGAGAAGUGGGAGCGCCGCCUCGCCAAGAAGCCCCGAGAGGCGGAAGCCUGCCCGUCUGCAGAGCCGAGCGAGAACGGCCGGGCCCUGGAGGCGGGCAGCCCCGAGCAGGACCUGGAGCCGCCCUGCGAGCAGGGGAGGAAGGCCCCGCUGCAGCCCGCCCAGCAGAUGAAGGCCGCGCCCGCGCCCGGAGGGGCUGACUGCAACAGCGAGGACGACGGCUUCCUCGAGGCCGGCAGCUCCCGGCGGAGCACCUCCCGGGACCGGCUCAGCGACAGCUCGGCGCAGGCGGUCUCCGGCAGAGGCUACUCCUGCGACAGCGAGAGCGACGGGGACGACAAGGUGUCCGUGGGCUCCGAGAAGCUCUUUGCCCCAGCAGCUGAUGCCGGUGCCGCGCUGGGCAAGCAGACGGAGGCCAAGGCCAGGGCGGCGCCCAAGGUCUCGGGCCUGGAGCGCAGCCGCGAGCUGAGCGCGGAGCCGCCCUUCCCGCCCUCGCUGCGCAGCCCCGCGCCGCCCCCUGGCCCCACCGGCCCUCUGAUCAAGAAGGAAGCCUCGGCCUUGCCCCGGCUCACCCCGCAGCCGCCGCCCGCCCCCGAGCAGCCCCGGGCGCCGCUGCCGGCACACGUGCCUCCCCCCCUGGGCGCCCUCCCCGGCCCCGGGCACGGCCAGGCUGCGCACGGCCUCAGCAGGAGCGGCGGCGCCAGCCUCGGGCCCCCCAAGCACGCGCCCCUGUCGCCGCACGGGCCCGGCGCCCACCUCGCUACCUCACACCCGGCGCUGCGCUCCCAGGCCCAGCACCAGCACCACGCGGCGGCCAUGUUCGCCGCCCCCGCCACGCUGCCCCCGCCCCCGGCGCUGCCGGCCCACAGCCUGGCCGUCCCAGGACACCACGCCGAUGCCAGCCUGUUGAUCCCACUCAGCCCGCCAAUCAUGUAUUGCCAGCCUCAUGCGGGGAUUCUGAUUGAUCACGAGCUGCUCAGGCAAGAGCUGAACGCGCGUUUUCUGGUCCAGAGUGCCGAGCGGCCCGGGGCCCCGCUGGGCCCGGGGGCUCUGCUCCGGGCGGAGUUCCACCAGCACCAGCACACACACCGGCACACACACCAGCACACACACCAGCACCAACACACAUUCGCCCCCUUCCCCGCGGGGCUGCCCCCGACGCCGGUGCUGCCGCUUGCCGCACCCCUGCCGUUCGACAAGUACCUGCCCAAGCUGGACAGCCCCUACCUGCGACAUUCCAGCUUUUUCCCGUCCUUCCCUCCUGCCGUCCCGGGACUGCCCGCCCUGCUCCCACACCCAGGCCCCUUCGGGUCCCUGCAGGGCGCUUUUCAGCCCAAGACUUCAAGCCCCAUCGAGGUAACAGGCCGGGCCAGCGCGGUUCACACCCUGCUCCCAAAGGGCCCCGGGGUGCCUGACCCUUACCGGACGGCGGUCAGGAAGCCGGGGAGGUGGUGCGCCGCGCACGUGCAGAUCGCCUGGCGGACCUUCCACCACCAGCAGCGGAUGAAGCAGAUGCAGCUGGACCCCCACAAGCUGGAGGUGGGCGCCAAGCUGGACUUGCUGAGCAGACCCCCUGCCCCCGGCCUGCUCGCGGGGCUCCAGUACCCGCCGGACCUGGCCCAGCCCCUCUUCGCCGGCCCCGGCGCCGCCCACCUGGCCGCCAGCCAGUUCGGACCCUCAGUGCAUCCCGGCAGCUUCCUGCCCCCCGGUCACCUGACAGACCCUUUCGGCAGAGCCAGCGCCUUCGGGGGCCUGGGUGGCCUGGGCGGCACCGCCUUCGGGGGCCUGGGCGGCCACACGCUGACUGCAGGCGGCAGCAUCUUGGCCCCUAGGGAGGGCCCCGCCCUGCACGGCCUGCCCAGCCCCCACGAGGCCUGGGGCCGGCUGCACCGGGCACCGCCGUCCUUCCCCACGCCACCGGCCUGGCCCAAGCCCGCGGGCGCCGAGCGGGUCUCGGCUCUGACCAACCACGACCGAGAGCCGGACAGAGGCCGGGAGGACAGGGAGCGGGACCUGGAGAAGCCGCGCCUGCUGAGCCGAGCCUCGCCGGAAGCGCCCGGCGGCGGCCUCCUGCCCCGGGGCCAGGGCGAGCCCCGCAUCAAGGAGAGUCGCUCUCCCGCGAAGGAGCCCGGCGCCCAGCUGGCCGCGCGCCCGCAGUCCCCCUGCGGCAAGGCGGCGCUGGGCAGCAGCCUGCGCCUGGCCGGCCUCCUGGGCCGCGCCCCAGGGAAGCCGCCCGAGGGUGACGUGAAGGUCAAAGAGGAGCGCGGGGAGGAGGGCGACGCGCCCGAGCCACCAGGGGACGGCCUGCACCGCGCCGCCCCUGCAUCCCUGCAGUUUGGCCCCGGCUCCGUGGGCUGCGAGCGCCUGGGCUUCGCGUGGGAGCCACUGCGCAACGCCUACCGCAGCCUGGAGCUGCCCCGCCGCGCUCCGCCCGCUGCCGCCCCCUUCGAGCCCCCUUACCGCGACCGCGAGCCUCACGACUACAGCCCCGAGCGCCUGCGGGCGGCGCGCCGGGAGGAGCUGGAGCGCGUGCGGGCCGCGCACCUGGGCGCCUCCGCGCACCUGCCUGCCCCCACCCUGGACGGCGCCGCGCUGCUGCCGGCCCUGGGCGCCCUGCACUACCCGCGCCUCGGGCCCGCGGCCACAGCACUGCACAAUGGACUCCUUGCACGGACCUCACCCGCCAACGCCGCGCUUGGCGCACCGCCCCCACUAGUGACCGCGGGCGGGCCGCCCACGCCCUCUGGGCCAUCGCCGAGGAGCAGGACUACACCACUCGGGGUGCCGGGCGACGCGCCCGACUACUCACCCUCUCGAAACCCGCAGGAGGUGGAGGCGCGGUAGCCCUGCGCCCGGGCACGGACGCCCGUAUCUGUGCGCGGACUCUGCGCGCGUCCGGGAGCUGAGCACAGGCCCUGGGCCCAGGCGACACCCCUUCCCCCGCAGCCCGAGGUGCGGGUUUCACACUCGGCCUUUCUGGGGGUGAUUUUCUGUUUUCUGAGCUCAAGAUCAGGCUAUUGGAAGAAAAUUCAAGUUUGUACACUUUUUCCCACAACUGAGAAGUGUUUAUAAUAGAUUUGUAUUUUUUUCAAUUUUGUGCUCUUUAGACAUUUAAAGAAAGUUUUGUUUUCUGACUUUUAGUUCCAAUUUGCAGUUUAACAGCCUCAGACCCCGUUCCAGAGCCCCAGGGGUCUUUCUUGUCUUAUUUAUGGAGAAAAACGGUCGUUCUGUCCACAGCACUGUGAGGCCCCCACUCAGGCCCGGCCCCGGCCCUCCCUUGGUACUUGGGACCCACUGCAGAUAUAUAUUGAAAGGAUACUGUACAAAGGUGUCUUUUGCCUUAUUAUGAAGAAGUGCAACAUUUCUUUUUCCAGUUUUUUUUUUUUUGUAAAAAGGAGCAAGUGUAAAUAGUCUAUUAAUAUAAAUAUAUGAUGUUAUUAAAUUCUUAAUCUAGGUACACUUUAUAAAAGCAGUUUCUCGA